AUGGCCGCCGCUAGGUCCUCGCUCGCCGCGCUCCGGUGCCUCCGUGCCCGCCCCGCCGUCAGGGGGCUGCGCACCUCGGCCGUCUUUGCCCAGGCGCAGCCCUCCGCCCCGCCCUUCAAGGAGCCGACGGGCGUCAACCCUGCGAAGGUCACGGCCAAGGUCAACACGCCGCUGCACGAGUACGGGCAGUACAUCACCACCUGCUUGCCCAAGUACAUCCAGCAGUUCAGCGUGUACAAGGACGAGCUCACCGUCUACGUCGCGCCCUCGGGCCUCAUCCCCACCCUCACCUUCCUCCGCGACCACACCAACUGCCAGUACAAGCAGGUCGUGGACAUUACGGCUGUGGACUACCCUACGCGCGAGAAGCGGUUUGAGGUCGUCUACAACCUCCUCUCGGUGCCGCACCAGUCGCGCAUCCGCGUCAAGACGUACGCGGACGAGGUCGACCCCGUGCCCUCCGCCGUGCCCAUCUACAACGGCGCAAACUGGUACGAGCGCGAGGUGUACGACAUGUACGGCGUCUUCUUCGAGGGCCACCCGGACCUGCGCCGCAUCCUCACCGACUACGGCUUCGAGGGCCACCCGCUCCGCAAGGACUUCCCUUUGACAGGCUACUCUGAGGUCCGCUACGACGAGGAGAAGAAGCGUGUCGUCUACGAGCCCCUCCAGCUCACCCAGGCGUUCCGCAACUUUGCCGACGCCGCGUCGCCGUGGGAGCAGGUUGGCCCGGGCACUGAGUCGACCCCGGAGACUUUCAAGAUCCCGCCCCCGCCUCCCCCCGCCGAGGAGAAGAAGUAG